AGCCUCAUUACCGUCCCCGUUAGCAUCACCGUUAGUUAGGGGGGAACUGAGACAUCACUCACACCGCACCCCCCCCCCCCCCAAGAAGGCGGGAAAAGGGCAGGAUCCCGCCCUCUAUGCAAAUAUCAUCCAGGCGAUUGGCGGGCAGGCGGGGCCGGUGCCCUACACAGGCUAUAAGAGCGGGGGGGAGACAAUGCCCCCGCCGUCCCGGGUCGGGGGCUGGCGAACGGUGGAGUGGGUGCACUGGGGUGGGGGUCUCCCCCUCAUCCAUGGGGCUGGGGGUGCCCUUUUGCUGAGCGGGGCUGCAGGUCGAGCUGGGGGAGUGCCCCCUUUUCUUGCUGUUCCCCCAUCCCCAUGCAGAGAUGGAGUUUGACUCCUACCAACACUACUUCUACGACCACGACGCCCAGGAGGAUUUCCACCGCUCCACGGCGCCCAGCGAGGACAUCUGGAAGAAGUUCGAGCUGGUCCCCACUCCCCCCAUGUCUCCCUUGGGUGUCCCCGGGGAGAAAGGCUGCAGCUCCGGGGCGGAGGAGCGCUCGAGCGGGCUCUCCCGGUACUACCGGCCCGGGGAAGAGCCGGAGUAUCUCAUAGGGACGAGCGAGAUCUUCGGGAACCUGAGCGCUUUCAUCCUCAAGGACUGCAUGUGGAGCGGGUUUUCAGCCCGGGAGCGGCUGGAGAAGGCGAUGACAGAGAAACUUUCCACGGGCACGCAGAGGGCCACCCCGCACAAGCCCUCCUUCGCGCAGGAUUUGGGGUUCAGCAGCUCGGUCAGCGAGUGCGUGGAUCCCGCCGCCGUCUUCCUUUGCCCGCUGGCCGAGAGCAAGAUCCCGGCGUCCUCGGGAUCCGAGGGUCAAAGCGAUUCCGAAGGCGAAGAGAUCGAUGUGGUGACCGUGGAGAAGAGGCAAUCGCUCGGCCUGAGGAAGCCGGUCACCAUCACGCUGCGCGCCGACCCCUUGGACCCCUGCAUGAAACGCUUCCACAUCUCCGUCCACCAGCAGCAGCACAACUACGCCGCGCGCUCCCCUCCGGACACGCGUCCCCUGCCAGAGCCACCCCAGCAGGACGAGGACAAGCCCCCAAGCACCCCCCAAGCAGAGCCGGCCCCUGCCACCACGCUGCCUGAGCCCAGCUUGCCCAAAGCCAGCAGCAGCCCCAGCUCCGACAGCGAGGACGUGGCCAAGAGGAAAAACCACAACUACCUGGAGCGCAAGCGGCGCAAUGACCUGCGCUCGCGCUUCCUGGCGCUGCGGGACCAGGUGCCUGGGCUCGCCAGCUGCCCCAAGACCCCCAAAGUGGUGAUCCUGAGCAAGUCCUCCGAGUACCUGCAGUCGCUCCUGGCUGCGGAGAGGAGGAUGGUGGCCGAGAAGCGGCAGCUCCGGCUGCGGCAGACCCAGCUGCUCAAACGGAUUGCUCACCUCAAGGGGCACUAGCGCCCGGUUGCACCCCCGGCUCCCCAAAACCCCCGAUCCCUCACGAUUUGCACAUUUCUUAAUGUUGUCGUUUGGUUCAGUUGUUGAACUGUUGGCCCCAGGGGUCUAGAGCACGCGGUGGUUGCUGUAUGUGGGGUGGAUGCGGUGCUGUUCCCGGCUGUGGGAAUGGGGCCGCAGCCAGAGGUCCCCUUCUGUGGCAUUGCCUGCCUUGGCGCCGGGUGCUGCAAGGUUUCCCCUGUCCCCCUGUGAAGCUUUCUUAAGUGACUGCUUCGAUUCAUGGGCUCAGCUCCAUUCCCCCUCCCCGGCAACCCCUGCUCCCCUCUCUGCUGUUUGUCACUGAUAGAGUUGCUGGGAGUUCUUAGGGCAUCCAUCUCGCCCUGAAAAUGCCAAGUGACCUUUGGCUCAUGGAAGCAGGCAGAGGCAGGCAUGGACAUCCUAGCCCAGGGCUCUCCUCUGGACGCACCCCGAUGGAGAUGGUGAUGGCAGGGUGUCUCUCACCGGGGUUAACAGCACCCUGUGGGCAAUCCCCUUCCUCGGCUGGACCGUACCUCACUUUCUUACCACAUCAUGCAGUAGCUUGUCUUGGAUUUGAUGUUCUAGAAACUGCUGCUGUAACUGCAAGUCUUAUACUGGAGGCUGUGUUUUUAUACUGUAUUUUUGUACCACUUUUUGAGAAGUAUUGGUAAAGAGUUUGCUUUUUUUAUAUAUAUAUAAAAACCUCUUGUUUUGGAGGGGGGUUCCUGCUGCAGGGAGAGCUCAGUCCUGCUGCACUUUAGGGAGAUCAGGAAGGGGCUGGCUCCUGCUGGACCCUUGAGCUGAGUCCUUGCUGAGGCUGGUCUUCCCCCUCCAAACCACCCAUUUGCAAUAACGGGGUUUUUCCCCUUUCCCAUCCUUGUGUCCUCCUUUCCCACCCUUGCAACUGCUCCCCCACCAGCAGCCACUGAGCAUCCUCUGCGAAGCUUUGGGCUUUACAUGAGCAUGGCUGGAGGGGGCAGGCUGGGGGCAAGGGGCAUCUGUGCUGCCUUUGAGGCUUCCCCCUGCCUGUGCCAUCCUGUGGUGGGGUAUGGGGUGGCAGAGUCCCUUGUCCCCUCCUGGGGUGUUGGCAGGGGUGGCCCCACAGGGCAGCACCUUUGGGUCCCUGCUGACCUGCUGAGAACUGUUAGAGUUAACACUGUGGUUGGAUUUAGCACUUUCUUCAUUACCUCACACUUCAUAAAUAAAUACGUUUGCAACAA